AUGCAAUUCCGAACAGCUCUAGAGUCCGGUCUAGGUAGUCAAGGGGCCGCAGCUGCGGGUCUUGGGAUCCUGCUGCAUUUGAGCAUCUUUCGUACCAAUUUCCCUGCCGAAGAUUACAUGUAUACGCUGUUGGGGUUCCAUGUGUUAAGUUUGCUUGCAGCGGCCUACGUCUAUUGGGCAAUAGCUCAGUUCUCAUUAUGGCACACUAUUAUGCGCAUCGGGUACCUGUCAUCCUCGUUCCAUGUCGGCCUGUUGCUUAGUAUCAGUGUGUAUCGGUUGUUCUUUCAUCGCCUGAAACAUUUUCCCGGACCCCUGGGAUCGAAACUCACCCGGUUCCACGACGCUUACCUUGCGGCGAAAGACGUACAGUACAAUGUCGAAAUUGGAAAGUUGCACGAUCAAUACGGCGAUUUUGUCCGAACAGGUCCCCGAGAGAUUUCUAUAGUGCGGAAAUCUGCUGUGUCGUUGAUCUUCAGUCCCCAAUCCAAGUGUUCCAAGUCGACGUGGUAUGCUCAGGUAUCGACGGAUCCUAAGUCAUGUUCCAUUCAUCACACCCGCGAUGUUGAUGAUCAUCGUAAACGACGGAAGGCAUGGGAUCGAGGAUUAUCCGUUAAGGCACUUGGAACCUAUGAGUCACGGAUCAAGACCAAAGUCGACUUGCUGUCGGCGCAGAUCGGGGCCCAUUUGGACCAAGCUUUCGAUGCGACCGCGUGGUCCAUGUUUUUGAGCUUCGAUAUCAUGGGGGAAGUCGGGUUCGGUAAGGAGUUCGGGAAUCUGACCACUGGAGUUGAACAUCCUGCCAUCGGGGGUAUCCAUGACAGUAUGACUGUUGCCGGAGUCAUGGGCCACAUCCCGUGGUUGUUGAACCUCCUUGGUCAACUACCAGGGGCCACGUCGGGCUAUACCGGCUUUUUCAAAUGGUGUGCGGACGAAAUCGAACGGAAGAAAAAGGUCUGGGAUGCCAGUAAAUAUCCAGACGAUAUCGUAUCGUGGUUGCUCAAAGCCUACAAAGAAGGAGAUAUCUCUGCUCCUCCGUCCGAAGAGGCGCUUCACCAAGAUUCGCGCGUUCUCGUUGUUGCUGGUAGCGAAACGACGGCGACAACUUUGGCCUCGACCCUCUUCUAUCUCGCCAAACACCCGGCUGUUCUGGUCAAGCUCCAGCGGUACUUGUAUGAAGCGAUGCCGGACGGUCCAGGCGACUGGAGAUAUGAUAGAGUCAAGGAAAUUACGUUCAUUGAUGAUAUUAUCAACGAGACGCUUCGUCUGCGGCCUGCUGUCAUGACAGGGGGUUACCGUGUCACGCCUGCCGAAGGAAUACAGGUUGACGAAGUCCACAUUCCCGGCGAUGUCAAUGUUUUCGUUCCCACGCAAGUGAUCCAGACCCACGAGAAAUACUAUAAGGACGCCAAGCAGUUCAUCCCGGAACGAUGGACUGAAAAGAGGGAGGAAAAGGGGACAGACGGAGCCCCUUUCUUUCCUUUUGUGCUCGGUCCGUACAGUUGUCCUGGUAAAAGUCUGGCCAUGAUGAGUCUUCGUAUUUCCUUGUCCAUCCUGGCCCAACAGUACGAUAUAGCAUUUGCACCGGGAGAAACGGGAGAAAUUUUUGAGAGGCGGGCACGGGAUAUAUUUACCACGGCUCUGCCGCCGCUACACCUCCAAUUCCGAAAGCGAGCGUAA